AUGAAGCUUUUGGUUGUUUUCGUCUUUGCUCUUUCAUGCGUGAUCGCAAAGCCUGCAGAUGAAGUUAUUGAGCCAUCAUUUGAUGCCUAUCGUGAUGUAAAGUUGCUGUUGAGUACUAGAAGAAAUCUUGGUAGUCCAUAUCAAAUUGCAUUCCGUAAUAUGGAUAGUAUCCGAAACAGUCCAAUUAAUGCUUUUAGACCAACGAGAGUUUUGGUUCAUGGAUGGUGGGAGGAUGACACCAGUGACAUUUCAGUUGUAACAUCUGAAGAGCUUUUGAAAUAUUAUGACUUUAAUGUAAUCUUCGUAGACUGGAGCGAAGGUUCUAGAACAAUUAAUUAUGCUGGUGCUUCCAACCGUGUUGAAGCCGUUGGUGUCUUUGUUGCUUCACAAUUGAACUGGAUGAGAGACAAUAGAUUUGUAGAUUUUAAUGAACUUCAUGUUAUUGGAUUUUCACUUGGUGCACAUAUUGCUGGUUUUGUCGGUAAAAAUACUUUUGGUGAAAUCAAUACUGGGCUAGACCCAGCAGGACCUUUGUUCAGUGAGAGACGACCUGAAGGAAGAAUUGACUCUAAUGAUGCAAAAUACGUCGAAUGCCUUCACACAAACGGUGGAAUGAUGGGAUUCGGAAUCGGUACAGCACUUUGUCAAGCUGAUUUCUUCCCCAAUGGAGGUUCAUCACAAAGAGGAUGCCUAACAAACACAUGCUCGCAUCUUCGAGCUGUCAGCUACUAUAUUGAGUCAAUCAUAAACAAUGGAUUCCAUUCAAUUAGAUGCUCGACUGAAUUGCAAGCUAGUCGUGAAAAUUGUGAUUCUAGUCAAGGUGGACAAUGGUUUGCUGAUUCAAGCAAUUCGGUUAAUAGACUUAAUGGCAUCUUUCAUUUUGCAACUAAUAGAAAUGAACCGUUUGCACAAGGUCCAUUCAGAACUUAGUAGAUUUAAAUUUGUAGUAAUUAUGAAGGUUUACUUAUUAUAAUAAAGGUCAAUUUUAUAGUUCAUCCUUAAUUCCUUUC